AUGGCGUAUACUUGUCUUUAAUAAUGUCGAAUCGAUUAAGAGAAUAUUUAAAUAAUGAAUAUAUUUAAGUAUUAAAAUUGAUAUGUAUGUUCCGGACUAACUGAAAAUAUCAAUAAACAUGUGCGAAACAUGUUCAGACUUUGUCGAGCUUUUGGUUUCUUACGAGACACAGAUGAAAGAAAAUAAUGAACAAUCUCUUUUAACGAAGGAAGACGUGGAUACCGCUUUUGUUUAUGUUCAAACUUGGCCAGCAAGGCAGUGUAUGUGUUUCUACCGAGAUUCGACAAAUAUUGAAAGAUUUAGCUAUCUUAUUCAAGGAUUAAUUUUUUUGGCUGUAUCAACACUCAAACAACUUGUGAAAAAAGGCAAGGAAAAGAAAUUAGGAUUCAAAGAAGAAGUAAAGAAAAAAGAUGAGCAACAAGAUGACUCGAAGGACAAAAAAGAUUCUAAAGAGGAUGAAAAAGAAAAUAUUGAGAUUAUCGAAAGAGACAAACUGCUUAUUUUGGUGUCAAAGGUGUUUUUGCUAAACUUUCCUUUAUAUGUUGCCUUAAAGCAUACAAUUCGAUCCAAAAUAGAUGAUUUGACUCAACAGGAAAUGGCAAACUUAAAUUUGUUCUGUGAUUUGCAUGAUUCUGAGAUCCCUAUCUGUUUAUUAAAAAAUGUUAGUUGGUUUUGUAAAAUUGGAGGAUUGUUAGCUAUGACAAACUGUUUUACUCAUCUUUCUUCAGAUAUAUUACCCGUUUCUACUGCCCAUGCAAUGAUUUCUGUUGUUUGUAACCUGAAGUUAUGGCUAAAUUAUAAAAGUAUGGUGUCAAUGUUGGUUCCUCUUAGGUCCUGUGUACUAAGGUAUAUGUGUAAAUUAUCAGAUCAAGAUUUAAGAACUCCCACUAUUAAAAGCAUGGCAGAUUUUAUGUGGAAUGCUAUAAAAGAUCCUCUUGAUUCUCCCAUAGCAUUUGAUUUGGAAGGCUUAGAUCUGGCUUUUAAAUACUUCACGUCUAGUACAUUAACAAUGCGACUAGCUGGAAUAACUCAAAUUAAUAAUCAGAUUGGUGUUCUGGCUGAAAUUUGCGUUGGUGAAACUCUACCAGAGGCUGAAGCAGUUCCUAGACAAAUGGCAGAUUGGCUCAUUAACAAUAACAUUAUCUCUCAUAUAUUUGGACCAAAUUUACAUGUUGAGGUCAUUAAGCAAAGCCAUAUAAUUUUGAAUUUCCUGGCAAUGGAAGGGAGAAUCACCUGCGAGCAUAUGGACAUCAUUUGGACGGCCGCUCAGCUUAAGCACUGUGCUAAACCAGUUCAUGAUUUAUUGCCGGGUCUUGUGAAACAUUUAGCAGCUGCUCCAACAAUUCAUCUAUAUAAUUUACUCACCAGAUUGGAGCCUAAAGAGCACACAGAACAAACUCUAUAUCUUGCUUCGGCAUUGAUUAAAGCAGUUUGGUCGAGAGGAAGUUCAACUUCAGAUCUUGGUUUGAUCAAUGUAGCAGCUUCGAACGCGGGAAUAGUACUUCAUAAGUGUGCAAUAUCUUCUGAAAAUAGUAUCAGUUUGGAUGCCAGUAAUUCAGAUGAAGAACAUGGCGAGAGCAGUGGCCAUUCAGAGAGUCACAAAUCAGAAAGUGAAGAAAUUGAAAUUGAAGAGGAAGAAGUUGCCCAAUUAGUUGCUGACGGCAAUGGUCCUCCACCUUGUAAACUUGCAAGGAAGCAACUGAUUGAAAGAGUGCACUGCGAUGUUGGUAGCAAUAGUAGUACAGAUACCGAAAUUGAUGGCGUUCCUAUCAAAACAACAAUUAAAGAGAAAGUGGAAUGGCCCUCUACAGUAAAAACAAGAAGUGAUAAACGAGCUCACCUCAGAAAGAAAAUAUUAUCAAGCAUCAGUGUAUUGCCUGAAGGGGUAGAAGCUAUAGGGUCUAGUAGCAGUCAGGAUGAAGCUGAUAUUGAAGAAACUCCUAAUAAAAUCAGGAAAAGAAAAAAGUUUCUAAGAAAGGCACGAGCAAAAAGACAUAAAAAUAGCAAGCGUGGCACAACUAGAUUAACAGGUAUUGAGACGCUUGGUGAAGUAGAUAUUGAUAGUGAAUAUGAAGUUAAAACUUUGAAGGACAAUGUGUCGUCUGAUGUAUUACCAGCUCAGAUCAGCUCAUUAGUGAAUGUUGAAAAGGUUGAAACCAAUUUAAAACCGUCUGUUUAUUUAGAAGAAAGUUCAUCUUGUAGCGAAUUAGGUGGGGAAGAACAUAACGUUCAAGCUACUUGCAGCAACUAUAUUACUCUGCCAAGUGCCGGGCAUAUACUAGAAAUGUUGAGUGGUGAAGAAGCUGAAGUAGAAGGUGAUGCUGAAGGAAGUUACUCCUCGCGGAUGAGUAAUAAGUCUGAGAAAAAUAUGGCUGAUUUUGAUGGUGAAGAUUCAGUAUGUGAAGAAGAACUGGCUCAACUAACAGAGCAGCAUCCUAAUCUUAAUUUACAUAUUAUUUCACAUUCAGCUGAAAAGUCGUCUUCUCCAAUAAGAAUGGAUUUAAGAUUGGCUGCGAGUUUUAAACCGGACAACGUAUGUCAGCCCGGUAAUACAUUGUUAUGGGAUUUGCUGCAAGACAAUAAAAUUUGUCAAUUGGGUGAAGGUUUAGCUUUAGAAGCGGAAAAAAUACUUUGUAAUCUGAUAUGUUUUAUGCCAGAUAAAGAGAUCCGUAUGAAAUUUAUUGAAGGUUGCUUGAAUAACCUAGCAAACAAUGUAUCUGUUAUUGUGUCCCUAAGAAUGUUACCAAAGCUUUUAACAUCUUUCCGAGGACUUGAAAUGCAUCAUGUUACAAACUGGGCAGAAAAGCAGCACCAUAUGAUGAACCACUUUUUUAAUAACCUCAAAACUUACACGGAAAAUCCCAAUGAAUCUUUGCCAUUAUAUAGUCACCAAAUGCAGGUUCAGGUCCGACUUCAUUUUUUAUCUGCAAUAUUUUCUCCAAUGGUGUCAUCAAAUGCAUUCAAGUUAAGCAUAGACCAAGUUGAUAUCUUGUGGCAAUGUCUUGCACAUGAUAGUGAGUGCGCAGAUGAGCUGUUUAGUUGGUUGUUAUCACAAAUCAAAGCAAAUGAACUUCAUGCUUUGAAGAUUGAUGCACUUAGAAGAUUAUAUUUGCAUCAUCUCCCAAGUUUGGCGCCUGAAAAAUUUAGUAUGAUUUGCCUAAGCCUCUUUCAACACUUGUGUAGUCUACAUACGCUUUUGACCAGCAAUGUGGAUACUGAAGGGGACAAAGAAAAUGGGAACAUAGGAAUGGAUCAUAUGUGGAAAAUAGCAUUAAAAGCCAAUAGCACCGAUGUUAGUAUGGCUUCGAUUCAAUACAUCAACAGUUAUUAUAUGGGUCAAAAUCUUCAACAUGAAAGUCAGUUUGUAGCGCAGUGUAUGACUCAUCUUAAAGCAGCUUCAGAAGAUUUAAUUGUAAGCAGUUCUAAUGAAGAAGCUUCAUUGUUGUGCAUCCAAAGGGCACUUUUGCUCAUGAAGACUCAUAUAGAAACUUUUAGAAGACGUUAUGCCUAUCAUUUAAGAAAAUGGGCAUUGGAAGGUAGAGCUAUAGGAAGCCAUUCAGCAUCUUUGGGCGAAAAAUCAAGCACUCUAAUCAGAAUAAUUGUUCAAUCUGGUAGUUCCUCUGAAAGAUGUUUUCUAGAUUUAUUAAUAUCAGACUAUGUUGCGGAUUUACGAGCUGAAAUUGUGAAAUGGAAUGAAGGAGUUCAGAAAAUUAAAACUCAGGAUGAUUCCGAUAAUCAAAACUUGUUUAGUGCUAAAAAAAGUCCAGAUACAUGGAUUAGGAUAAUUACCCAAGGCCAGGAGCUUACUAUAGACUGUGAUGAAAAAACGCUACAAGAAAUGGGUUUUAAAGAUAACCAAAUGGUCUACAUAUCAGUGGGAAUGUCGAGGAAUAUGAAAAAAAGGGAGUUUUUAGAUGCUCCUUCAAUGCAAGUUGCGCCUCCAAGAGAUAGUUUACCAACUCUUUUAUUACUACAGCCAACUUACUUUGAACAAUUGUUUUCUUUAAUGCAUACCCUAAGUUCAAUGAAAAUUGUUGUUAAAGGUGGGAGAGUAAUACCACAUACCAAAGCGCAAGUUUUAAGUAGGAGAGUGUGGGACAUACUGAGUCUUAUGCCAACUAGUCCAAAGUUGCUUCAAGGUUUUAAACAGCUGGACACACCCUUAUCUGAAUUGUUGGAUCCUUCAAGCGCUCAAAAACUAAUGUAUUCUUUGUAUAUUGUGGAAUCAUUAAGCAUUAGAUGUCAAAGUAAAUCUAUGGAAGAUGAAGGUCAACCAUGGACUCGAAAAUUCAUUCAGCAUGGAGGACUUCGAUAUUUAUAUGACAUUUUUAUGUCCGGGGUACUGCAAAGAAACGGAGCUGAUUGUAGCGACUGGCAGCAAGAUUGUUUGGCCCAUCUCUUGAAGAUUUUGUGUUUUUUAGGAGUUGAACACUUGCCUCAUGAACAUAGAUCAUCCAGAAAUGAUAAAAUAGUUAUACCUAGUUUAAAUGAAACUAUGUUAUUAAUGGUGAAUGUUCAAAUGACUAUGCCUAAGUUGACCAGUAUUUUGAAAGAAGCAUCAUCACCAAAAGAUCCAAACCUGUAUAAGACUGGGUUUUGGGGAAGAGCGCAGGUCAUCCACUACGCUAUGUCUCUUUUAGUAUCAUGGUUACAUUGCAGUGAAGAAGCGAGACAAGGAUUAUUUGAUUCCGAAGAUUUUUCUGUUUGGAUGCAGAGGCUGGUUCUUGAAGAUCCAGAACCAGCGGUUAGAAGAGAAGUGUGUUCAGCUAUCUAUCGUCUUUGUUUAGGGGUUUCAAGUAAUGGAGAGCAUAUGGAACAUGUUCUUGUAGCACCAAUGUUGGCGCAGUUACUGAAUUAUCUUCCCAAAGCUGAAAACAUGAGACCACAAAAGAUAGAAUCAAUGCAGCCCACAGAGGAAGGAAAGGAACCUUAUGGCCCAGCUUGUAGGGACUAUUUUUGGUUAGUUUCAAGAUUAGUAGACAGCUUGCCAGAAGAAAUAGUGAGAGAAAGCAUUGAAGAUCCUCAGAACUGCGUAAUAGACAUAAACGAACUCACUUCAAAAAUUGCGCAAUCAGUGUUAUCUAGAGAUUAUUUAGAAACUAGGUAUAGAACUAUUGAAGAUGAUGGAUUGAUAGGAUUACUUAAUUUGUUAACAAAUUUAUUGAAGCAUCGGCCGCCAUUUCAGACACAGAAAGGAGGACAAGAACUACUGAGUGAGGUUUUUGAUUUCCUUUUUGCAUUACCUAAUCCAAAACUUCGGCAUGUACCCAAGUGCAAGUCGGCCAGAUCUAGAACUGCAUCCUUCGAUCUACUGGUGGAAUUGGUAAAGGGCUCCCCAGAAAAUUAUGGAAUUUUACAUGAAAAGCUUCUCAGACAACAUCAACCAGGUCCAAACUCUCCAUAUCCAUGGGAUUACUGGCCUCAUGAGGAUGGGCGUUCGGAAUGUGGCUAUGUGGGCUUAACAAAUUUGGGAGCUACCUGUUACAUGGCUUCUUGCAUGCAACACCUCUAUAUGAUGCCCCAAGCGCGAGUCUCAAUAUUAGCUGCAAGCACAGAAGAUUCCAAGCAUGAACCAACUUUAAAAGAACUACAAAGAAUGUUUGCAUAUUUAUUAGAAAGUGAACGGAAGGCGUACAAUCCUAGAAGUUUUUGUAAAGUUUAUACCAUGGACCAUCAGCCAUUAAAUACCGCUGAACAAAAGGACAUGGCAGAAUUUUUUAUCGAUUUAGUUAGUAAACUGGAGGAAAUGACACCUAAACUCAAGGAAGUGGUAAAAAAGUUGUUUUGUGGUGUUAUUAGUAACAAUGUAGUUUCUUUGGACUGUGGUCAUGUUAGUAGAACAUUGGAAGAGUUCUACACAGUGCGUUGUCAGGUGGCUGAUAUGAGAAACCUUUAUGAAUCAUUAGAUGAAGUGACAGUGAAAGAUACUCUGGAGGGAGAUAAUAUGUACACAUGUUCUCAAUGUGGAAAAAAAGUUCGAGCGGAAAAAAGAGCUUGUUUUAAGAAGUUACCGCAAAUUUUAUGUUUUAAUACAAUGCGUUACACAUUUAACAUGCUUACAAUGUUAAAGGAGAAAGUCAAUACACAUUUUUCAUUUCCUUUAAGAUUAAAUAUGGCUGGUUAUGUGGAAAAACAACUUAUGCCACAACAACAUCAGCAGGACCAUGAGACUGUAGAUAUCGAAACUGGGCAAUAUGAAUAUGAUUUAAUAGGAGUUACUGUUCACACAGGUACUGCAGAUGGAGGCCAUUACUAUAGUUUCAUUAAGGACCGAACAACCACUUCUAGAGACAAAUGGUUUCUCUUUAAUGACGCAGAAGUUAAACCAUUUGAUCCUAAUCAAAUAGCUGCUGAGUGUUUUGGUGGGGAGAUGACAAGCAAAACUUAUGAUAGUGUUACCGACAAGUUUAUGGAUUUUAGCUUUGAAAAGACAAAUAGUGCUUACAUGCUGUUUUAUGAAAGAUGUCCAAUGACAGCAGUUGAUAGUACUGAAAGUUCUUCAACUAAUUUAGAAUCCAGUGAACAUGUUCGUAGCAAUUCCCCAUUACCAUCAACAACGUUUGAGUUAAGUAAAGAAUUGGAAGACUGGAUAUGGCAAGAUAAUAUGCAUUUUAUUCAGGAUAAGAAUAUUUUUGAACACACAUAUUUCAAUUUUAUGUGGCAAAUGUGUGGAUAUAUUCCUCAAACCAUUCUGCCGAUUGAACCAAAUAUCACGGAGAAAGCCGCACAACUGUCUACUUCGUUUUUCAUAGAAACUUUUAUACACGCCAAAGAAAAACCAACUAUGGUCCAGUGGGUAGAAUUAGUAACAAAACAAUUUAACGCUUGUCAAGAAGCAUGUAUUUGGUUUUUGGAGCAUAUGGCAAAAGAUGUGUGGUGGCCAGUACAAGUGUUACUUAAAUGCCCAAACCAAAUGGUGAGACAAAUGUUUCAAAGACUUUGCAUUCAUGUAAUCCAAAGGUUAAAGCAAUCUCACUCUAGUUUAUAUUUAAAGUUAGAUGAGGAUGUUGAUUUAGCAACAGAUAUUAACAGUGUGGAUAUAUCUAAGAUAGGCAAUGCGUCAUGCGUAACGAAAUUUGUAAAAACUCUUCUUUCAUUGAUGGAAAAUGGGGCAAAAGCACAUUUAAAACAUUUAACUGAAUAUUUUAAUUUUUUGUAUGAAUUUAGUAAAAUGGGAGAAGAAGAGUCCAGAUUUUUGUUGGCCGUGGGAGCAAUUAGUACUGUGGUACAUUUUUAUUUAGGACAAAAGGUUAACGAUUUUGUUGAUGUAAGUGAAGGAGAAGAUGAAGAUGAUAUGGUUGCCUUACCCUCCGUUAAGUAUAAACCUGCCUCUUUAGAUAAGAUGAUAACUCUCAUUGCUUCUUUGGUUGAAAAGAGCAGGGAUUCCAAUAUGAAAUUAAAUCUUAGUGAACGAGAUUAUAAUGCUGUAGCUGGAGGAAAGGGAUUUUCAUUUUUAUAUCAACAAAUUAAAGACAACAUAAAUCUACAGCAGACGAGAAAUUUGAUACAUUCCUUAUGCAAGGGAAAUAACCAAUUAGCACAAUCAAUCAUUUGUAUGGUUUCUCAGGCUAUUACUAGGCACUCAGAGGUAAAUUUGCAAGGAUGUCAGCCUUUUUUUAAGAUUCUGACAUUGCUCACAGAGAAUUCCAAUCAAGGUGAACUAGAUAGUAGCUCAUCUCAACCUUGUUUUACUCAGUUGGUUUUACAAAAAGUAUGGGAAGCUGCAGAAUGUUGCCCACAUUCUGCAUUGGAUUGGUUGGCAUUGCAAGUAACUAGAAACAGACUCGUCCAUUCAUGGGUUUUAAGUUCCAUGGACACAUGGCUUGAACAUUUUCUGAUUGGCCACAGCAAUCAGAGGGUUAGAAACACUGCUGGUUAUUUACUAGUGGCUUUAGUCCCAAGCACACCGUUUCGACAAGGAUUUCGAGCGUCACACCGAGUGACACGUGAACCCCAACUUACAUCUGAGGCUCAGUCUGUUCUUCACCAAAUUUACACUGCUUUGUUAAGGCUUUUGCCUGCUGCCAAACAUUACACAGAUAUGCAACAACACGGCACAAUGAAGCUAACUACAUAUUUUGCAUUAAUGAUGUAUUGUUGCAUUUCAAGGACUGAAAAGAUAAUGUUUGGUCAAUAUUUCCUGCAGUUAUGGCACCUAUUCCAUCCGAAACUAUCGGAACCUUCCAUUCCAGCCUACCAUAAUAAACAAGCACUUCUUGCAUUUUGGAAUCAUGUUUGUACAGAUUGUCCAGAAAAUGUACAACUCAUGCUGGUUAAUGGUCAUGUAACAAAGAAUAUUGCCUUUAAUUAUAUCCUAGCAGAUCACGAUGAUCAAGAAAUUGUUUUAUAUAACAGAGCUAUGUUGCCCGCUUAUUAUGGAAUAUUAAGGAUGAUGUGUCAACAAUCUAGGAUAUUUACAAGAAUUCUUGCUAAUCAUCAAAACCUACAAUGGGCUUUCAAAAAUAUAACUCCUCAUCCAACACAAUAUCCACAAGCAGUGGAAGAAUUAUUCAAAUUAAUGCAGAUAAUGGUCAUGAAACACCCAGAUGCGACAGAUGCUGACCAAAGGGAAAUAUAUACAUUCAAACGAAACACACUUACGACUUAUCUUCAAUGUCUUGAUGGUAGAACUAGUUGGGGUACUUUAAUAAAUGCAGUUAGAAUAUUGGUGGAAACAAAUGAUGAUAAAUUAUAUGUUGUCUAUAAUGGGGGCCUGCAGAUUGUAUUUGAAUGUUUUCAAAAUUUACAUGUUAUGUUACAUGAAGCAACAGCUUGCCACGUGGUUGGGGAUAUGCUUGAGAUUUUACAUGUCCUAUAUGACCUAAUGCAUUGCAUCAGAACUUACAGGGACAGUAAGGAUUCGCGUGAACUUGUACUGGCAACAAAGGAUUGGUUGGAGGUGAUAAGAAAAUUAGCUACAUUACUAAAUACUUACAAUCCUCCUGAAAUGAGGACACUUUGCAUAGAAGUACUUAAAGAAUUUCUCUUGAUAAUGACAUCUGAGUCUAUGCAGAUUCUAGUACCUCUGCUCUCACAUUGCCAUUCAGCUUUUCAAGAUAGUCACGAUGCCGUACCACUAGGUCCUUACUUUCCCAGAAGAGGACAUUUAUUGCCGAUCGUUGCCGGAAAAGGUGCAGCGAGACCUUUGCGACCCAUGGUCCAAAUGACAGUUCCACACAAUCAACUGGAAUGUAACAGGGGUGUUGAUCCAGAGUACGACCUGGCUUUAGAUAAAUUUUAUUCUCCCUAUCAUGAUUUCAUUGAUACAAUGUUUCGAUUAGCUGUAAAUAAUGAUUCAGUUCCUGAUGUUUUGAUAAAUUUAAGCGCAGUAGUUGGAUUUGAGGCUGUGCCAUUACAUUCCACUUAUUUUCCAAAACUGUGGUUAGAUAUCUUAAAAGCCCAGCAUAUCGAAAGAAAAUAUAUUACAAUGUUAACUUCAUGCAACUAUUUCAUUGAUUAUGUUGAUGCUGUAUUAUUAGAUGAACGUUAUGCUUUGAGUGUUGAUGUAAUCUACGAAUUUUUAACUGCAUUUUUCCCAAAAGUAUCUGCUCAGGUUCUUUCCGAACAAACUCUUCGAAUGGUAGAGAGUACUAUAGUAUCAUUAAAUGAGUUAAUAAGCUCAGCAGAUAUCUUUAGAAGUGCUAAGAGGUUAACAGGCGAUCUGCGAGCUCUUGUUUUAGUUUAUAGCUCCCCUGAAGCAGAAUCUCCUCCGCUUUUGAAGGAAAUUUUGCUACAGCUUCAGAAUAAAGUGAAACUGGAAGUACAUAAACUAGACUUUCGGAAAGAGAAAACAGACGAAAAAAAUGGUAAACCGGAAAAUAAUCAUGAGGAAAAACCUAGCACAUCCAAAGAAGCAACAUCAUCUGAAGAAUCAAACCAGGCCAGACCAAAAUUUGAAAGCAGUAAUAGUAGUGAAUCAGACGUUCAGAAAUCAAGUAGUGAAGAAAGUGAUAACCGAAACAAGUCUAAUAAACAAAAUGGUGCUUUAGAUAUAAAAGUAUUGGAAAAGACUAUAAAUGAAUUGUUUACAAUUGUCAAUAAGAAAGCCUAAAUGUAUCACUCACUUUUAACCAUAUACAUGUUUUUUGUUUUGUUUUAAUGAAUAAUUUUUGUCUUAUUUUUUGGCCGAGUUGAUUGGUAAUAUUUUAAAGGAAGCUACAGAUAUAUGUUCCAGUAUUAUUUCUAGGAAUAUAUUGCAGACUUCAGUUAACGCCGAGGUGGCAAGAGGAAGAGGGAGGAACUUUAUGGAAAGGUAUAGAUUGAAAAAGGGUCUCUCAAAAUUUGUUGUAAAUGAUUAAUUCGAUCAACCCAGAUGAGGAUGAAAGCCAUUAAAUUAUUUGCACAGGUUUCAUAUUUGCUAAAACCUGUAAUAAAUGAUAAUCACAAAUUUCUAAUAAAAAUAAUGGGAUUAAAUUAUUACCACAUGGGCAGCUCCAAAUCUAUCGCAAAUCAAUUUGUCACCACCGCCACCAAUAUUACUGGACGUUCAAGGUGAACUCAAAAAUAGUAAUUUAAUUUGCAAAAUUUUGGGCUGCACUGGCAUAUUCCAGUAUAGAAAAGCACUGUCCUUUUAAACAAUGGGAGGCAGGGUGUUUGGAAUUUUCGUAAAUAAUUAAAAUGCUCUUUUCUAAAAGGCCACCAAACGAAAAAACAUUUAAAAUCGCUGGCAUACUCUCUGUUAUAUGUAUUAUCAAACUCUAUACCUAUACCAUGUGCGAUAUUAAAAUUGUGUAAAUGAAUUUCUCAUAAAUGACCAAUGCAAAGCUAUUAAAUUAAUAGGCACAUCUUGAAAUGCGACCUUAUGAAACUAUUGCUUUUGUAUUUUGUUUUAAAUAAUUUAAUAGUAUAUAAAAGUAAAUAUGAAUCACUUGUAACCUGUAUUUUAAGGGCAGGACUUCUUAUUUAUUGUUAACUAUUUUUUGAAAUUGUACAUAUAAAGUGUGUAUUUGCUUAAUCAAAAGCAUAUUUUUUGUUUUCCCUGAAAGACUGUUAGAA